UUAGCUGUACUCUAUGGUCAAAUAUAAAACUAAAGAUUGAAGAUUUGAAGAUAUUGUAAAUACUUGACCUAGAAGUAUACCUUUAUAGUUUUAUUUAUUAUUUAAUUGUUUGUGUUAACUUAGAGUAAAUAUACUGAAAAGUGAAUAAUACACAAGUUAAAAUGUCCUCACCACGCCCAAAAUCUCCACGGACACCAGUCUUACCCAAAAAGGAGGAUAAAGAAGAAUCAUUUUGGGACAAAAUUGGCACUAUCGGUCGUAAGAAACGCAUAAAGGAAGUUCAAGAAGUACAAGCAGAGGGAAAAUAUGCAAUAGAUUCACCAGGAAGUCCUACAGCACCAGAAAUCCCGCCUGAGGAAUAUAGUUUACAUGAUAAUGAAGAAAGAGCAAUUAUUGAGCCUAGGUGUUUAGAAGAUCCUAGAGUAAAGGAGCUGGUUCAGGUUUUGAUUGAUUGGAUUAACGAUGAGCUUGCAGCUCAAAGAAUUAUUGUCAAAGACAUUAGUGAAGAUCUUUAUGAUGGGCAAGUUCUUCAGAAAUUGUUGGAGAAGUUGACUGAGACAAAGUUAGAUGUUCCAGAAGUGACUCAGUCUGAAGAGGGUCAGCGUCAGAAACUUGCAGUGGUCUUAAGAGCAGUAAAUAGGGUGCUAUAUGGAACAUCAAAACCAGUUCAGAAAUGGAGUGUGGAUUCAGUUCAUUCCAAGAAUGUUGUAUCAAUAUUGCAUCUGCUUGUUGCUCUGGCCCGUCAUUUCCGAGCACCAAUCCGUCUCCCAGAAAAUGUUAGUGUGAAUGUUGUGGUUGUCAAGAAAGAUGCCUCUAAUCAACUGUCUCAUAGAACAUACAUGGAGGAUAUAACUACUACCUAUGACGAUCUGGGAAUGAAAUGCGAGCGAGAUGCCUUUGACGCCUUGUUUGAUCACGCUCCAGACAAGUUGCAGGUCGUCAAAAAGUCACUCAUCACAUUCGUGAACAAACAUCUCAGUAAAGUGAACUUGGAAGUUAUGGAUCUCGACACGCAAUUCCACGAUGGUGUCUACCUUUGCCUCUUGAUGGGAUUGCUGGAAGGAUUUUUUGUACCUCUGUAUGACUUUCACCUAACACCUCAAGACUUUGAUCAGAAAGUGCACAAUGUAUCGUUUGCCUUUGAACUGAUGCAGGAUGUGGGGCUUGCUAAACCAAAAGCAAGACCUGAAGAUAUUGUGAAUCUCGACCUAAAAUCUACUUUAAGAGUGCUUUAUAAUCUUUUUACCAAAUAUAAGAAUAUGGCUUGAAGUUGUCAGAAAUUUAUAUACCAUAUUUGCAGCGAAAAAUGUGUAAAGUUGUUUUUUUAAAAAAUGGACAAGAAUUUUAACAUAAAGAAUAAUCUUGUAACUUUAUGUUGUUAAGAACUUAUAAAAAUUCUAACUAAAAAAAACAUUGUAAUACAUGCCAUACUGGAAGGUUUACAUAUAAAUGACCAAACAAAUUUUGCCAAACUAUUAAAAUGAAUUGAUUUACGAUUAUCUAGUAAUAGGUAAACAUCGAAAAUGUCUUAGUAUAUUAUAAAAUAAAAUGAGUAAUGAGCGAAUAUUGACCACAAGUUGUACACAGUAGUACACAAAGAUAAAACAGCCAUGUACAAAUACAUUUAUUAUGAAUUUGUUUAGUUAAUAUAGUUGUUAGUCACCAUCAAGUGCCGUUACAUAUUUAAUAUUAUAUUUAUUUAUAAUAAAGUUCAAUAAACAUUGUUAAAUAGAUUCUAUAAACUGUAUUUUGCGAAAUUAAUAUACUAUAUCAUUCAAUUUAAAAUGUCGUCAUUAGUACUUGUAAAAAUUACGAGUUAAACUCGUGGUCAUAUGAGUAUUUUAAAACCCCAAUAUUCGCUGCAAAUUAUUUUGUGUUCAUAAGUAGACUUAACAUGCUAUUAAUCUUGCUUUUUGUAGUAAGAAUAUUAAAAACUAACAAAUUAUAUUAAUUUAUUAACAUAAUGUGCCUUGACUUAUUGAUGUAUUAAA